AUGAAAAAAUCUACUACUAAUAAUACAAGAUCUAAAUCUACAUUUGCUUUUGGAUCAUCAACAGAAAGAGAUUUAUCUUAUAUUAAUAAUUGUCCGAAAUCAUUAAGGGGUAUUGGAAUAUCAACAUCAAAUAAUGAAAUUUGUAAAGCAAUUGGCCCUAAAGAAGAAAAAGAUAUGAAGAAAAUUAUAAGACAGGCACGCUCUAUGACACCAAAAAAUGGUAUGUUUUAA